AUGGCGGAAUCUCCACGACUUCUCGCGCGUCUCUUCCUCCUCGUCGCGUUCCUCUCUGCAGCCCUCGCACAAUCCGCAAUCACACCAGAGACUUCAAGAAAUGCGUCGAUAUGGCAGUACCCAGGAAACUCGGGGUGGACGUACGAGGGAUGUCACAAUGAGACGGUUACAGCGAAUGGGUCGGAUAGCGGUUUAAGGGCGCUGGUUCAGAGUGAUGGUACGGGGACGAGUACAUCGUCAGACAACAUGACUGUAAAGAUGUGUCUGGACUUUUGCGCUGAGAAGAACUUUCCUUUAGCUGGUGUGGAAUAUACGAGGGAAUGUUACUGCUCGCAAACCAUACGUUCUGAAGCAGUACGAGACGAUGCUUCUUGCAAUCUUGCAUGCCAGGGAAACACGACUCAGAUAUGUGGUGGCUACCGCGCUAUAAGUGUGUAUCAGAACUCGAAGAAUUCGAAGAAAAGUGCCUCGUCGAAAGGAUUUCAGGAAACGUCGGUUGGCAGUGUUUUGGCUUUGGGAAUUGCUGUUGGAGCUGCGCUUUACCUCACAUAA